AAACCUGACGAUGCUUGAAACAAUGGAGUGUUCUCAAGAUGAGAAGACUGGCGUUCCGACGUGGCUGGAGCGGAUGUUCGCCGCCAGCAAAUUCUACGGUGCCUGCGAGGACGGCUGCUUGAAGCCUGCCAAAUACUACUGCACAGUCUGCAUGAUCAUCGUCUGCGAAGAUCGCAUGGAGCAGGAUCACAAAAGUCGUGGGCACUCAAUUUUGACGGCAUAUAAGUCUUCUGGAGUGGCGGCACUCAGAAUAGAGGACCUGCAGCAAGUGUGGGAUUGGACCGGCAUCCAGCAGUACACUAUCAACCGGCGGCCAAUCGUGUACGUCAAUCAGAAAGGAGGGAUCCAUCGCUCAGGCUCUCCGAAUGGCGACGCCAAGUGCAAGACUUGCCAGUACAAGAUCUUAGCCCCCAGCAACUUCUGCUCGGUGGAAUGCAAAGUGAAGGCUGUCUUGGAGAAGAUUGAAGAGAGAAAAGCAGAAGCUUUGAAUCAAGCGAGAAGGAAGCUGGAGAUGACAGACAGCGAGAGCCCUAGCGACGCUCCAGCGAAGAUAGCUGCUGGUAAAUCUUUCAGGAAGCGUCCAAGGAAGCAAUCCAAUCCCCGGAGGUCUCCCCUCUUUUAGAUCAAUAAAAACAUUACCGAGCUCGAAGAACAGUUUGGUACGUUGUCAUUUUUGUGCCUAUGUACCUCAUCGGAACUGCUUGAACUCUUCUUCAUUAGGGUAAGGGACAGUGCUAGCUGAUGUUUAAGUUUUGAAUUGAGAUUUGAUCUUCUCACGAGAAAGCAACAUUAGGUUUUCA